CAGCUUCCUCCUCCCCCGUCGCCGCCUCCCGCCCUGUGCCAAGCCCUGGGGGGUGAGGGGCGCCGGAGAGGGGCCCGGGCGGAGCGGGGCCCCUCAAAGUGAGAAAGCGGCCGCAGCGCCCUGGGCUGCGAGUUCCGGGUUCUCGCGGCCAGCCGCCCACGGAGCAGGGAGCCGGUGUCCGCAGCCGGGCCGACGGGGGAACGCCGCCUAGCGUGCACCCCGCUUCCCCCGCGCUGGGCCCUGCGUCCGGCCCCGGGCCUCCGCCUCCGCCCGCCCUGAGGCUGCCGCUCCCGUUCACGCGGCGCCGGAAUUCCUGCCGCGAGCAAGGCCUGGGUGUCCGCGGAAAAGCCCCAGCUGCGAGCGGAAAGAUGGAGGGCCUGCCCCGCCGGCCACUCUCAAGUUGUUCCUGAGUUGGAAGGAGCGCGGUCAGCGCCCUGGAAGGCAGGGCUCCUCCAUCUCCAUGAGCGCUUGGAGCGCUUGGCCGGGCCGCGACAGCCGCAGCUGACCCCAGCUGGGCCUCGCAGCGCUCAUCCCCAGGCCAGAGCGCCCUAGCUGGACCUGACUGUGGUCUAGCCUCUUUUCUGGAAGGAUCCCCCGGGAGUUCCUGGGGAACGGGCUUGUGGUGGUGGAAGGAAAGACAUGAGCGUGGAAGCCAAGUACCGGCUGGCCUCCCUGUACGUGGGUGACCUGCACGAAGAUGUCACCGAGGACCUGCUGUUUAAGAAGUUCAGCUCAGUAGGGCCUGUGCUCUCCAUCCGCAUCUGUAGGGACCUGGUCUCACGCCGUUCCCUGGGCUAUGCCUAUGUCAACUUCCUGCAGCUGGCGGAUGCCCAGAAGGUUCUGGACACCAUGAACUUUGACCUGAUUAAAGGAAAAUCCAUCCGUCUCAUGUGGUCUCAACGGGAUGCCCAUUUGAGAAAAUCAGGAAUUGGGAAUGUGUUUAUCAAGAAUCUGGAUAAAUCCAUUGAUAACAAAACUUUGUAUGAACACUUCUCAGUGUUUGGAAAGAUCCUGUCUUCCAAGGUGAUGAGUGAUGAGGACGGCUCCAAGGGCUAUGGCUUCGUGCACUACCAGGAGCAGAGUGCUGCAGACAGGGCAAUCGAGGAGAUGAACGGGAAGCUAUUGAGGGACUGUAAGGUGUUUGUGGGCAGAUUCAAAAACCGCAAGGAUCGGGAGGCUGAACUCAGAAGCAAAGCCAGCGAGUUCACCAAUGUGUACAUCAAAAACUUUGGGGAUGACAUGGACGAUGAGAGGUUGAAGGAAAUUUUCAGCAAAUAUGGCCAAACUUUAAGCGUGAAGGUGAUGAAAGAUGUCACUGGGAAGUCCAAAGGCUUUGGGUUUGUGAGUUUUGAUAGCCACGAGGCCGCCAAAAAGGCAGUUGAAGAAAUGAAUGGACAGGAUAUAAAUGGGCAGCCGAUCUUUGUAGGCCAGGCCCAAAAGAAAGUAGAGCGCCAAGCUGAAUUAAAGCAAAUGUUUGAACAGAUGAAAAUGGAAAGAAUCCGCGCGCGUCAUGCGGCCAAGCUCUACAUUAAGAACCUGGACGACACUGUCGAUGAUGAAAUACUGCGAAAGGAAUUUUCGUCAUUUGGGUCCAUUAGCAGAGUUAAGGUUACAGUUCAUCAUGGACAGAGUCAUGGCAGGAACUCAAGGAAGGGACCAGGAGGCAGGAGCUGAAGAAGAGACCAUGGAAGAACGUUGCUUACUGGCUUGUUUACCUGGCCUGAGAUCAACCUGUUUCCUUAUACCACCUAGGAUCACCUGCCCAAGAGUAGUAACUACCACAAUGUGCUGGACCCUCCCACAUCAUUCAAUAAUCAGGAAAAUUCUUCACAAAGAUGGCCACAGGCCAAUCCAGUGGAGGAAGUUCCUCAGUUGAGGUUCCUUUUAGCCAGGUGUGUCAAGUUGACAAAUGAAGCUGUCCAGCACAAGAUUCAUAGAGAGAGGAAGAACAGAGCAUGAGUAGACUAACAGAACUAAAUAACAUAAUACCAGAGUUCAUGACAGACAGUUUUAUCACAGUGAGUGAAGAAAAGUGUCUAAACAGGGCUUGGAAUUUAUGUCUGUUUUACACAUAAAUACAAAAUGCAAUGUGUACCUCUUGCAUAUGUAUCAACUUUAAGUACCAGGUAAUUUAUGGAGAGAUUUUGUUUUGCUUUGUUUGAAACUUAAGCAGUGGUUCGUUGUUUUGGAAAAUCAUGUUACCAGAUGGCAAUACAGCUUAUGGUGUAUUAUGAAUUGUUAGUCUUGAGUAAUUCAUAUGAAAUUAUGAAGCCUAAUGGCACAAAUUUAAACAAAUAUUCUAGAAUAUUUUCUUUAUUUUUAACAUUAUAUAAUAGGACCUAAACUAAUCAUUGUUGAAAAAACAACUGAAAGUGUAUCAAUUUAAGAGCACCUUUACAAAAUUUAAAAGAAACACAGCAACAUAUAAUUUUAAAUUUUAAAGACAUUUUAGAAGAGUUACACUGUCAUUGAGGUGUUUAUAAUUCUUAAAUAACUGAGCUUAUUUUCCCUUUCAUACAUAAAGCACAAAUAAUACAAAAUAUUUUGAACCACUUAAUACUAGAGAACAAAUAAUCUUGCCAGAUGAAUUUGAAGCAAUUUGUAUGAUGAUGAAAGGUAGUUAAACAAUUUUUUUGUCUUGAACUAAGAUCCUGUUUGCAGACAAAAACAAUAUGACAAUGAAAACAUGUAUUUAAUAAAUUGAAGAAAUAUAUUUUUUAAAAAAACACACUGCAAUUCAGAGAUCUUAUAAAUAUUUGACAGUAUUAAAAUUAGUUCAGAAGCAAAAUACCCUGUUCUGAUCACAUUGUUUGUACAACAGAUGAAACACUUACCUGGGUUGAUGGGUAACAUCAGUUUAUGACCAACUUAAAAACGAAACACCAGGUGUUUUAGAAAAUUUUUGCAUUAUUCAUCAACAACAUUUCAUUGCCAAGAAUCUGUGUCAAAGGUUUCACAAAUCAAUGAAAUUUCUAGAGUUUUAAUGCAUAAAAUACAGAAACAAUUAAUACAAAAUGCAUCACAAUCUGUGGAAUAACACAUGAUCUAAUAAAUUUUGGUUCUACACAUUGGUCUCAAAUGGUAUCUAAGGAACUUUCAUAGUAUACAUUUUAUACACUGGAAAACACAAAGAAUGUGUAUUAAGUUGCACACAAUGUUAGAUUUAAACUUUUAUGUUCAUUUAUUUGGAAAAAAGUAAACUUCCAAUUGCAUUUACAGACACAGACUUAGAGGAAAAAAAUAGUUUGCUAGUAGUUGCCUUAAGAAAACAAAUUUGAAUCUAUAAGAUAUUUGAGUUUGGAAAAAAAUUAUAGCAAUAAAACUUUAUGGAUUGGGGAGAGAGUGUAGUGGAAAAACAUUUGCCUAGCAUGGGCAAGGUCAUCAAUUCCCUGGUACAGUAAAAAGGAACUAUUAUUAAAUUCACAGAGUUUCACACAAAGUUGGGAUCACAUUGAAAUUCACUAAUAGAUUUUUCAUAUUGCAUAAAGUCAAGUACAUUUUGGAAUAAAGUGUUUUCAACUAUUUCAAAAUAUAUUGUUCUAGUGAAUUUCAUGUCAUACAUAUUAGAGAUAGGGCUUAUUUAUUUCACUUAGUUUCUGAGUAUCAUCUCAUUCUUCCAUCAGAGGUGUGACUCAUAACUUCUCUAAGACUUUUAGUUGUCUGAUUUUUAAAUUAUUUUUCAUUUGUUCAAUAGCUUUAAAGUAUAUUUUGGUAGGUACUAGCAUCUUUGAAUGUUAGAAUACUCAAGGUAAAAGACAUGUGAAGUAUAACCGAACAGUACCAUAAUGAGCCACGUUCUUGCCAAUUCAUGUUUCCUCAUUCGCUCCCCUUCAAAUGUUUGUA